AUGAGCGAGGACCUUUUCGACGAUGCCCUCACCAUCGAGGACGAUCUCUAUAAGCGUGGCUACAACCAAGGCUACGAAGAUGGCGAGCGCGCCGGGAAAAUCGAGGGCCGGUCUUUCGGCUUGGCCAAGGGCUUCGAAAAGUUCGCCGAGAGCGGAAGAUUAUACGGCCGCGCCGUCGUGUGGGCCAACCGCCUCCCCUCGGCCGCAGCCACAGCUGGCAUAGGCUCGGAGGGAAAGCAGCAGGCACCGUCAAAGAUGCCACCCCUACCAGAUAACGCGAGGCUUACCAAGAACAUUGAAUCUGUGCAUGCCCUCAUGGAGCCGGCCACGCUUCCAACAGAAAACAGCGACGACGCCGUCCAGGAUUUUGACGACCGCUUUAAAAGGCGCAGGGAAAGGUUAGGGUCAUAG